AUGGUGAUGGUACUCGCUCCUAAGAUGGUGCAUAUUCUGGCCAUGUUGUUGGCGAUGCCGAUGGUAUUCCAGGUGUGUGCUGCCAUGCAGGACAACUUCACGGAUAUUGCAUUGACCGACAGCAUGAAGAUGACCAUGUUCCAGGACGACUCCGAAGACUUUGUCCAUCCUUGGAUCAAGCUUCAGCAGAACAUCAACUACAGCAAGCGCCGUAUGGCGCAGGCACAGGACAAGCCUGGGCCCACGGAUGAGGAGCUGGAGGAGGCCAUCGCUAAGCGCGCUGAGAGCGUACGUCGCGACCAGGAAGCGCAAGGCGUGAAGCACUUUGAGUUCCGUCCUCCGCGUGUCAAGGUAGGACCUCGCGCUGUAGCGGAUGACGAGCCAAUUGUGCGCUCGAAGCGAUUUGGCGACAACGUGGACAAUGAGCGCCGAUCCGGCAGUGGUAGCAACCGAGCUGGGCGUGACAGCGAUCUGGAGGCGCGUGACAGCAGCGGCUACUCUUCUACGGCGGCCGAUGCGGAGAACUCGUACUCUGUGACUGAGGCGCCUAACCCCUCGGCACGCAACACGGCCGGUCUUGCGAUCGAGGCCAACGAUGUUGGCUACUUUGUGGAAGUGCAGAUUGGCUCGUCCAACUCCAAGUUCAAGAUGCUUAUCGACUCGGGAUCGUCAGACACAUGGGUGACGGGCUCUAACUGCAAUGGCUGCGGUGGUUCGAACCGGAACAAGCUCAGCACCUCCUCGUCGAGCUCGCUCAAGAAGUCGAGUGACAGCUACAAGAUCUCGUACGGCACAGGCUCGGUGUCGCUCACCGUGGCGUCGGACAAGUUUCAAGUGGCUGGCCUGACCUUGGACAAGUUCUCGUUUGGUGUGGCUAGCUCCGAGUCGGACGACUUUGGCGAUAGCAAGAUCCCGUUCGAUGGUCUGAUUGGUUUGGGUGGUUCUGGUUUGAGUGUGACCAAGAAGCCUACGUUGGUGGAUGCGCUGAAGAAGGCCAACAAGAUCAACCAGCCGAUUGUCGGCUACCGCCUGGGUCGUGCUGCGGACGGCUCGGACAGCAACAAGGGUGAGAUUACCUUUGGCGGUGUAGAUCAGAGCCAAAUUAGCGGUUCACUGACGCAGGUGGACAACCAGUCGGGCAGUGGAUACUGGAUGGUCAAGCUGGACAGUGUCUCGAUGGACAACAAACAGGUGAGUGGUAGCGGUACAGCCAUGCUCGACACGGGUACGUCGCUGAUCCUUGCGCCCAAGGAUGCAGCGGACAAGAUCCACAACUCGAUUGAUGGUGCCAAGUCGGACGGGCAGGGUGGAUACACGUUGCCUUGCACGUCGGACAAGCAGAUUUCGUUCUCGAUCGGCGGUAAGACGUUCACGAUGGAUUCGCGUGACUUGCUCUUUGCGCCGAAAAACACGAACGAUCUGACUGGCACCUGCAUAAGUGCGAUCUCGACCGGUAACACGGAAGAGAACGCAGACUGGCUGUUGGGUGCGCCCUUCCUCAAGAACGUCUACUUUGCGACCAACUUGGAUGCGAACAGCAUUGCGCUCGGCAGCCUCAGCUAA